AAUCACAGACAUAAUUACAAAUGAACUAUAGAAUAGUAUCGAUAAGUAUACAAAGUGAAGAAUUAUAUUGUUGCUUAGUAACCCAUAAUAACAACUUUAAAUUUAUAUAUACGUGUACAUUACAGUGUUUUUCAUAUCAUUAUACAUUUCAUAAAAUAUAAAUUUGUUGUUUUCGUAUUAAUCAUUUAAAAUUUUUGUAAUAUUUUUUAAAUUAAUACACUAAGUAUAAGAUAAGAAAAAUUCAUAGGCAAGCAAAAUUGUUAUAAUUUUCAAGAAAUGACAAGAUGUAAUAAGAGUGAAGUUAAUCUUAAAAGCACUGUGUACAAUCAAAAUGGACAAAGUUAUUUUGAGCAAUUAACAGCGUACAAUUCUAUGAGUGCGCAUUUGCGACGCAUUUUACUAGCAAAAUGUGUUGUAGAUGCCAGAAACAAAACCUAUAUGCGUAAAAAAAAGCAAGCAUGUAAACAAAUUGGCUGGAAACCAAAAUGUGCAAAAACAGAUAUUACAAACAAUAUGAUUGAUAAGUUGGCAUAUGAUACUUCAUAUCAUCCAGCGGAUUUUUUAAGAAUGAAUAAUGGUUCAAAGUAUUUUUGCCAGUGUCAAGCACAAAAAUAUUUUACUACUUGUUACGAUUGUAAUGCAAUCUGUUCAAAACCAAAAUUACGUAAUCACUUAGCUUGUAUUAAUUCUCCGAUAUAUAAAAUAAAUACUUCAGAGCCACUUUUAUCAAAUAAUAGCAAUGUAAGAAAACAAUGCACAGAAUCAAAUACUAAUUAUAGAAAAAUAUUUAAUCCUAUAAAUGCGAAAAACGCAUUGAAAUUUCAUAAUGAUAGAUAUGAAGAAAAUUCAAUACUAUGUGAAUCUUGUGGUUUUUUAUCACAAAACGUCAAUGAUAAUCUUUCAUCAGAAAUUUGCACAUCAAGAAAUGAUGAAAAUCCUGAUCAAUUUUAUGAUAAUUUAAUAGAUAAUCCAAAAAUCGAUGAAAAAGAUGAAGAAGAAAGAUACGCUAAACUUAUGUAUGAAAUUACACACGAAAUAAUAGUAAAUGGUCUAUACACUGAUAAUGAAUUAAACAAGAUAUUUAAGAAAUACAUCGAAAAAAACAAAAAAAUUUUAGAUAUGAAUCGAAUGUUGUACGAAAUUUAUCAAUUGAAACUUGCUUUGAAUAUAUCGGAUAAUUCAGAAGAAGAAGAUAUAAAUAAUGUUGCAUAUGCUCAGCAAUUAUUAAAUAUUAGCAAAGUUCGAUCACCAACACCACCGAAAGUUUUAAAUGAAGAUAGAGUAACUGAAAAAUUAAUGUGGUAUCAAAAAUUGGAUAAAGUCAAAAAUAAUUCAGUAGGCAAAAAAUCAGUCUUAUUAGUUGAUGCUAAUCCUGAAUUACGUGUAACUGAAAGAGAUGUCUUAACAUCAUUAAUAGAAGCUGAUAUUGAUCCUGAACAAGCUCGAAAAAUUUAUAAAAAUCUUUUCUUCAAAAGCAAAGAUAAUUUAUUGAUUGAUUCGAAAACCAUACAGGAUUCGAAUAAUGAAUAUGAAAUAGAAAAAAGCAAUCAAUUUAAUUUCGAUUUAAUAGAAUCAUAUAAGUUCGGAACGAAAAUCGAAAAAGAUGAAAAUCAAUUAAAAAAUGAAAAUUCAAAUAAUAAAUAUAGAAUGGAAGAAAACGAACAAUUUAAUUCCAAUUUUACAGAAUAUGAGGUAAAUUAA